AUGGCGGAUUCUAGCCAAAUCCAGCACCUUAUACAGCGGUAUGGGACACGAGAAGAGUUGGUAAAGAAGGGUGUUUGGCGCGGAGACCUUUACAGCGCUGCAGAAGUGCGAUUUUUAGAUCGUGGAUGGUGUUGGAAGACACUACUAUUGACAGGAGAAGAUGGGCUUUUGGUGACAAAAGUGGCAGAAGUGCCAGACAACACAGUGCUAGACGAUGCUCCUCUGCAUCGAAAUAAACUACAAUCGCGAGUUAGGACCUUGACCCCGGAACGCACCAAUACGCAUCCGCUGGUGCAGAGUGAUGAGGACAGAAAUAACGAAGACCGGUUAAAGGAGAAGAUUUCGUUGCAUGAUACACUGGAGAUAAUCAGACUUGAUAUUUCUAGACUUUUACUGGAUCCCAUGUUCGAAUCGGUAGAAUGCAAGGCAGAAAUGACUCAGAUUUUGUACAACUAUGUCGUGCACAACCAUACGAGCUACAAACAGGGAUACCACGAGCUUUGUGGCGCGGUAUACAUGCAAAUGGCUGGGGAAGAAUGUGGGGCUCGAAAACUUAACACUUUGAACAUCUUUAACAAGUUGAUGAAACGAGUGAGACCAGUUUUCUACGAAGAAACUGCGCUAUUGCAUUUCUCGCAAGUCAAAUUCGACCGCAUUUUUAAAUUAACCAUGCCCAAACUGCACCAUUUGCUCACGGUGCACCAUGGUCUUGAUAAUGCGGUCUGGUUGAUUCGCUGGACCCGUCUGUUGUUCUUAAGGGAGUUCGACCUAAAUUACGUGCUAAAAGUGUGGGAUCAUCUUCUCACUUUUGUGAUCCCAUUGGAUGAUCUAAUAGCGUGCUGCGUCGUAGUGCUUCUCAUAGCCUUAACCCGAGACUUGUACUCAUGUGAGGACCAGGGUGAAGUGAUCAGUAUUCUUUUGCAUUACCCUAGUGACAAGCUGAUAGAUUGCGUUGAACUUAUGAAGAACAGUGCCAGUCUUUACGAGCUCUACGUCACUAAGCAGCAUCAAGACAUGAAGGCCCUGGGAGACAAUCUGUGCAGGAUACACAACCGACAAUGGUACGAUAAGCAGGCUCAAGUUUCUGAUCAGAACAGGCUCAGACUUGAAGAAAGGUUGAAACGCCGAGUAGGACAACGAUUGAAGCGGUAG